UCUCCCCGCGCCGUGCGAUUGCACAGGAAGCGAACGAGGCAUUUUAUUUUAUUUUAUUUUAGCUUCACCCCCCCCCCCCCCCCCCCUUAAUUUCAGCAAAUUUCAGCAGCGAGUAUGACGGUAAAGCUGGCUUUUAGAGCUUUAUCGGCUCUUGGUGUUGGAGGUUCUAACGACUCAAACGGCGCGUUGGUUUCUUUUCCCUCGUAAAGCAUGCGUGUAACUUUCAGGAGCGGCAAAAAGCAAGUUCCAAGUUAAUCUUGGGCUAUACAGCAUGACUUGCUUUUGAAGAGAAGCAAAAUAUUAUCGUGUAUUUAUUUAUUUAUUUUUUAACGGGAAAAAAAGCUUUGCAAAGUAUCACUCGAUUUCCUACCCCACAGGUGGAUGUUCUUACUGUGCUAAUCCAACUCCUCGUUUUAAAGGCUUGAGUUUAGAGUCCGCUGGCUCUCAAUAACUUAAGGUUUGGGAUUGUUUGAAAUUAAUUGCAGUUGCCUAUUUACAAACGUCUUCUCCUUUGCUGGAGGAUUUUAAAACGCUUGUCUGCGUUUAAGUAACUUGUGUUAGAAUCUGACUUAAUUGAGGCUAACGCUGCUGGAGAGCUGUAACUAAUACUCUGAAAGAAAGGGGCUGCUGGCUGUUCGGCACUUCUCAAUGAAGCUUUGCUGCCUUGCUUGGUCAAGUCGGGACCUCUGUGUAUGGCUGCGGGAGAGGAAAGCUCUUCAGGUGCAUCGGUAAAUUUAGUCCGAUUAGAAAAGGGGCUUGUUUCUGCCACUGCAACUGUAAUAAUUUAAGAAGUCACUUUCCGUCUCCCUGGUUUUGGAACGCUUACAAGUGAAUGUGUAAGUAAUCCUUCAGGUUUUAGUGCUGCAUGUGGGGACUGAGGAGCAGUUAAUGUCUAAGGUCGUUAUGUUCAGGGACUUAGUUAAUGUAAAAGAUGGCGUUAUACUGUACUACCUCUGGACGCAGUAACUGCUACGUAUCCCCGUUUUUGUGGGUCUUGGGUAAAAUCUUAGUUGCACUGAAGUCGGUGGGAAAUUUGUCGCUGAGAAAAAGGGGCAACGUUUCUUUCCUUGGCUGUCUGUGCUCAGUGUGAGGAUGCUCAGUAGGGUUGCUGACUAGCUAACAGGCACUCGCAGGAGUUGGUGUUUGAGACCUGGGUCGCGUAAGCCAAGAUCUGCUCUCUUUCCUUGGGUACAUCUCUUCAUGACUGGUUCAUCUUCUCAAAGAUAACAAGAACUGACCCUCUGCUGUCGUUUCCAUUUGUUGUGCUGGGAUGAGUGCGUUGAAUUACUAGAAGAUGCUGUGCUGUUUUCAGAAGAUUCACAGGCUGGUAUGGACCUAAGUAAUGCUCAGGAACAGCCCAUGGCUGCAGAAGGACAGGAAGUUUUGACAGACUGUAGUCUGAACAAAUCCCAGGAAAUGGAAAGUAUGGAAAACGUAGAAGAUAUGAAGGAACUCAAUCAGUCUAAUGAAGAAGCAGGAGAUGAUGUUAAAGUGAAAGGUGAAUACAGUGACAGAGAGGAGAGUGCUUUAAAUUCAGAGCCUAUGGAAAACCCAGAAGAAUCUGAAAUACCUUACACCUAUCCCAGAGAAUAUAACGAAUAUGAAAGCAUUAAACUGGAAAGACAUUCUGGUUCAUAUGACAACAUCAGGCCAGCUAGUGGAAAAAUGAAUUGUGAUAUCUGUGGAUUAGCCUGCAUUAGCCUCAAUGUCUUGAUGGUUCAUAAGCGUAGCCACACUGGUGAACGGCCAUUCCAGUGUAAUCAGUGCGGAGCUUCCUUUACUCAGAAGGGAAACCUCCUCCGCCACAUUAAACUACAUACAGGGGAAAAACCUUUUAAAUGUCAUCUUUGCAGUUAUGCCUGCCAAAGGAGGGAUGCGCUAACAGGUCACUUAAGGACACAUUCUGUGGAGAAGCCAUACAAGUGUGAGUUCUGCGGCAGGAGCUACAAGCAGAGGAGCUCGCUGGAGGAGCACAAGGAGCGGUGCCGUACCUACCUGCAGAACGCUGGCAUGUGUGAAGCUGCAAACGUGGAGGCAAGGCACAUCAAGGCAGAGAUGGGGAGUGAAAGAGCCCUUGUGCUGGACAGGCUAGCAAGCAACGUGGCAAAGCGAAAAAGCUCAAUGCCUCAGAAAUUUAUUGGUGAGAAGCGACAUAGUUUUGAUGUCAAUUACAAUUCAAGUUUCAUGUAUGACAAGGAAAGCGACAUAAUGCAGGGACGCAUGAUGGACCAGGCUAUAAACAACGCCAUCACCUACCUCGGGGCCGAAGCCCUGCGCCCUCUCGUGCAGACGCCGCCGGCCCCCACUUCUGAGAUGGUCCCCGUCAUAAGCAGCCUGUAUCCCAUACCGCUGACCCGCGCCGACGUGCCCAACGGCACCCCGCAGGACGCCGAGAAGAGCCAUGCCCACCUCAGGGACAAAAGCCUGUCUUCCGACAGAGGCCUUUCCCCAAACAACAGCGGCCAUGACUCCACAGACACUGACAGCAACCACGAGGAGCGGCAGAACCCCACCUUCCAUCAAAGCCAGCUCCCUGCCCAGGCCCGCAACGGCCUCCAGUCCCUGAAGGAUUUCCCCAGGCCCUACGACAUAAUCAAGCCCCCUGCCAUAUGCCCGCGUGAUGUCUUUAAGGUCAUCAACAAGGAAGGGGAAGCCAUCGGGGUCUACCGGUGUGACCACUGCCGCGUCCUCUUUCUGGACUAUGUGAUGUUCACCAUCCACAUGGGCUGCCAUGGAUUCCGCGACCCCUUCGAGUGCAACGUCUGCGGGUACAGGAGCCACGACCGUUAUGAAUUUUCCUCGCAUAUAGCACGAGGAGAGCACAGGGUAGUACUCAAAUAAAAGGACUGAUUUUCCAGGGUCAAAGGUUUUCUUCUAGAUCUCAGGGGAGGCUCAUUUGGUUGGUUUUUAAUUAGUAUAAAGAAGCAUCCUGAAUAUUUUUCUAUGCCAAUUUUUAAGUGAGUGUCAGAGCGAGGUGACACCUUUAUUUUUCUUAUUUUUUACAAAUUACUCAGUGUUCUGUAGCAUCUGUGUCUAGCUGCUGUGGUGAGUGGUACUGUAUAAAUACCAGGAGCAGAGACCAAUUUUUAUAUGAACUUUAUUUUUGUGAAAAUUAAGAGCAGUUUAAGGUGUUUUUAUUUUGUAAUGUGCGUUUGUUUUUAUAUUGUAUGCUUUUAACAGUGCGAAAGGUUUUUAUUCCCUACUGCCAGUUUCUCUGCUUGUUCAGAUGUAUAGGUAGAAGCAUAUAGGAGCAGCUUUUUCUUGCAAUCCCAAUGGUCUUCAAAUAACUAAUCCCUGUAACCUGGAAAACAUGCAUCUGGGAGGGGUUGUUAAUUCAUUUUUGAAGGUUUUUCCCCCAAAAUCUUAAGAGCACACGGUCCCGUCACACUUGCAUUUUUCUGUUCACUUUCUUUGAAGUCACUCCCCACAUGCAUCUUACUCACUGAUAGCAAAAUAAGAAACAAGACCUAUUUGGGGCUGGGUUUUUUUUAACAAUACGCGCUUUUUGGGAUACCCAGUGAGAUCAUCGGCUGGCUCCUCCGCACGGUCUGGGGGAAAUCCUGAUUUUCACUGAUGGAAAGUCCUCCCGUCUGAUGGGUGCCAAGAACCAGGACGAAACCCUGCUGUGGCUUCUGCCCCCGCCUUGUUCCUGCCUGGCCCUGGUGGCCAAAGUUGUGGCCGUGCUGCCGGCCCUGGCCAGCCCUGGCUGCUGGAAGGCACCGGGCUCGGGGCCGGAGUCACCCGGCCCUGGCAGCAGCUACCGUGAGAAUCUGCAUACACGAACGUGUGGGAGCUGACAGCUCAAUCGCAUUGUCUGGUUUUACGUGGGGAUAUCCCUCGGCGCGAAAUGUGCUGUUUUGCAAAAUGAGUAUUUACAAUUACUUUGAAGCUGGUUUUUAAAAUAGUUCUUUUAAUCUAAUCAUUGCUCUGCAGCUGUAUUAUUAGUCACUGUGCUGGAGAUAUGAGUUUGAUAACAGUUUUGCUGAGUGCAUGUUUAUUCCUUGCAAAGUAUUUUUGUAUAAUGUAGGGUUAGGUGUGUUCUGAUGGACUCUUUGCAGCCAUUAUAUGUUUUGAUACCAACGUUGCUUUUGUACUUUUUCUGAUGUUGCUGUGCCAGCCAGUAUCCAUGGCGAUCCAUCCCUUUCCACGUGGGAAGGCUGGGGCACAGAGACCUGGGUGGGUGCGAAGGGUCAAGAAAUGCUGAAUUUCCUUCCUGCCUUUGACCUAGGCUCGCUCAUUUACAUUAGCUCAAGGACAUUCCCUAAUUUUUAAGGUACAAAAAUGGAAAUUACGUUCAUUUUUCCCAGUAAGGCUAUGUCUGAAGAAGGAUAAACUAGUUUGCUUGCGGAGUGUGUGGGUAUCUAAAUUACUGUAGGAGUGCUAGACCCUGCUCAUCUUUGGGGGUAAGGAAGGAGAGUGAUUUUGCUACCCUGUUUGAUGCUAUGUGCGUGGCUAUAAAAUAGGUUUAGGAUCAUUUCCAAUAACCAGAUUCCCAUCAGAAGGCACGGACCAGUGAGCGCUGGACAUUGGUUCUUCCCCCAGUGAACACCCCUUGUCAUGGCACGACAAUCCUGGAGACCAAGCGAGGCUGCAGUUUCACAAAGGGCUUAUCCCGAUCACCCGAGGACGGCGUUUGGGCAGCGGCCGGGGCUUGGGAAGGCUUAGGCCAAUGUCCAACUUCAGCGUGAAUUGUUCCGUAACUCCAUCCCUCGUGCUGCCAUUUCAUGGGGGAGGCGACUGCUGCACGUACGCUGCGGCUGGUGAAAACGCUCCUCACGGUUCAGCAGAAAUGAAUAAUGUCACACAUAGCAAAACGUAAUUCGUCGUUUGCACAGGAAGCUCCCCAGAUUGCUGAAUGUAUGUCAUGCAGCACCACCGGUUUCUGUCUCACGUCGCUACCAAAUCCUUGAAAACACUCUUCAGAUUACUCCUGCUCUUCACUUACCGCUAGGCAGAGCUUCUGCCACCUCCCCCUGCUUCCCCGACAAGGUGAGCAAUCGACCACGGAGCCUCCGAGAAGCUCGGCAUGAGCGAUGCUGCCAGGUUGUUUGAAGGGAAGGACGGAGCUUGUGGCAGCAGCAGGCCCAGCAGGCGCCGCUUUCCCACCACUACUUGGGCAGCGUGGUGUGUUAAAGAGAGGGAACUUGUUUGGGUUCAGCCUGGGCUCUCUGGAGUUAACGAGCGGUAACCUCGUUACAGCUUUGCUGUUGAACAAUGGCAUAUUGUGGAAUUUCAACCCAGUCAUCUAUUAAAAAAUAAGUAUUUGUAUGCAUUUA